AUGAGGGUCUACUACCUUCUCUUUGAGUUCCUCUUCUUGUUCUUGCUGCCUGUUCCAGGCAAUAGCGGAAUCAUAAGCGAGUUACAAAAGUAUUACUGCAAAAGAAGAAGCGGCCGGUGUGCUCUGAUUGGCUGCCUUCCAAAGGAGGAACAGAUAGGCCGCUGUGCCCUGAGUGGCCGAAAAUGCUGCCAGAAAAAGAAAUGA